CUUUCCCUUUGGAGCACACAUAUUUGUAAAUUUAUAAAAAUGAAAAUAUAUAAAGUUUAAUCUACAUUUUGGAGUAUAAAACAAGCGUAAUAAAGAGAAAUCUUGUUAUUAGUAUGAUGAAACUAUUGAUUGCUUCAGUAGCUUUAAUGGUAAUUGGGUUUACCAUUGCCGAAGUCGACGAAGAGUAUAAUUUCACAUCCCAAAUUUUCUGCUCGAUCAAAAAUGGAAAAAGAGAGUGCGUUCCCUGCACCAAGUACAAUGGUGUAGUUAAUUGCCCAUUUAUAAAGAGUGGAGGUCAUUCUGGUAACAAUGGAUUGGAAAGUAAACCUAACAACGGUUUUGGAAAUCAAUCACCAAUCACAACUCUAAGACCAAUACGAUAUGGAUCGCAAGGAAAUGGAUAUAUCGGAAACCAACAUAGUUUUAACAACAAUGGAAAUAAUGUUUUAGUAGGGUACUCACCUACGAAAACAGUUAACACACAUAACAAUGGAAGAAACUUUAAUCCAACUCAAAACUCAAUUAAAACUAUUGGGUACAAUUCUCAAGGAAAUGUCAACGUAGACGAUUAUGUUGAUGGUCCGGACAAUAUUCCCGAUUUUGAUUAAUAAAUAUUUACACUUUAAUUUGACUUUUAAUACAUAUAUGUAUUAACGUAAAAAUCAUUAUAAGUAAUUGUAUAAUUAAUUUGACAAACUGCAUUAAAGUACCAUGAAUUCACAACCAAA